CCCAAAUGAAUCACCCUGGAUUAUUCCUUCCAAAUGACUUAUUAAAGAAUUAUUGAGGACAUCUGGAUUACCCAAUAGUUUCUAGAACUCUUCCUCUUCCUGAGAAAAUGGCCCAGUGGCCUAGCCAGUGGUCUAACCAGAGUCAGGUUCAAGUAUUCACGUAUCCGACAGGCCAGUUUUUCGAAGUUUAUCAAAUGCAAGCCACCCAAUUUUGAGAUAGCUAUACUCCAAUAGAGCUGAAUAAUGUCUGAGAAACACUCAACAAGGAAAACUCCUUGGUUGACUCUCACUCCUGAGUCGUAGCUUCUCUUGGAGCUCCUAAAAAGGAACAGAACCAGAAUGAACAUCCUAUGUCUCACUUUCUUGAGAAUAAUGUUGGCAGACGUCCUUCCACUCACACAAAAACACUUGAGAAUAUUGAGUGUUUGAAGAAAUUCAAAUGCUCAUUCGAGAAAAGGAAGAACGAAAAGGGAGGCAUCACCACUGUCUAUAUCUGCAAGCACCACAACUGCAACAAGCAGUUCUCCAGAACUUGGAGUAUCCUAGAUCAUUGUCGCAUGCAUGAAGGUGUCAAGCCGUAUAAUUGCAAGGUUUGUGGCAGAGCCUAUACUCAAAAGGGUAAUAUGAUCAAACAUAUGAAGAGACAUAGUCAACCAGCUGUUGAGCAAAGAAAGAAUUUUGGAUGUAACCUCUGAGGCAAAAGAUAUACUGAAAAGUACAACCUCAAGGCCCAUAAAAAGAAAUGUCAUAAAACUUGGGCCUCUUACCAGGGAUCAGAGUCUAACUAAGCCUGAUGAAUUACAGAUUAGUUGGCCCAAUCUGAAGCUGCAAUAGUUCAAGAGAAUUGUCUAUCAAAAAGAGGCUUAAUAAUCUAAUUGUCUGAUAAAAUUUACCAUAAGCUUUAAUCUUUUAGUAAUAUGAGUCUUCUGGUUCUAAAAUCUCUGGUUUUAGCACAAAAAUUUUAAGAAUUAAGAUAGAAAUUCGGAUAUGUGGCUAAAGACAUAUACAAAGACUCUCAGCAGCCUUGGAUAGUGCUAAUAACAUGAAUAACUUUAGUAAAAAUCUGAAAUGGUUUUACACAAUAACUUGAAAUAAUUUAGAUAGUUUAGCCAGGAUCAGUAUCGAAAUAUAGAACUAAAAUCCUCAACCAAAGAGCUUUAUCGGAGAAGGUAAGAAAUGCAAUCAAGCCUCUUUUAGAAACAUUUUAGAGAUGAAGUUCUUCAUCAACAGUCUUCACCAUAAAGAUCUAUCAUUCGUUUAAAUUUUAUAGAGAAUAAAUUAGGUCUAGUAUACUCGAAAUUUCUUUCGAAAAUCUAGUGGACUAUUAAUUAUUUAUACACAAAAACCCAACAUUUAAUGCUAAAUAAGGUCUCAAUAAUAGUAUAUCGCAGAGUAUGCAUCCGUCAUUUUAAAGAGGUAGUCUUACUAGCUCCUAUUAUAUAGGUUGAGUUAAAAUUUCAGAAACUUUCAUAUAUUUUGCUGGAUAACAAGACAUCUUUGUGCAAAGUAUAGUAAGAGGAAAUAACUCGUUGAAGAGGUACAGAUUCCUCGAUUCUUGAUUAUCAAAAUCAUUUAUAGAAGCAGAGAUUUAAAUUAAUGCAUUCAUCACAAUAUUAAUAGAACAAUAAAUAGAUUUGGCAUAAAUAAAGAAAGUUAUUUAAGUAUUGUAAUAAUCCCAGUAUCGAAGAAUUAUAAACUUCAAACUAGUAUAUGAAGGGUUUAAGCUACUUUUAUACACAAACUAGUAGGUUUAUAACCAGCUUAUUUUCAUUAAAAAGUUUAGUAGGCCUGAUCCUCAGAAACUUGGGAAGUAAGGGAAAGGGUUGAGGAAAGAAGCGAAUAGAAAACUGUUGGUGGAAACAUUAUCUGAGGAAGUAUUUCCUACGAUUAUUUUGAGCAAAAUGAGAGCCCAAGUCAUUACCGUUCAGUUUUUAGCUAUUAGAAAGGAUUUGAAUUGAAAUAAGAGGAUAAAAAUGAAACCGACCUUUUAAAAGAAAAGAACUGAAAUACUUCUAUGAACCCAAAGAGGUUACAAAGAAAUUAAGAGUUAUAGAAGAACAUUCAUAAGCUCCCUAGUUACAGAAAGGAUGUUCCAAAAGACUUCAGUGCUGCUCUCUUGUUAAUAUAUUAAUAUCUCUUUAAACUUCUCCAUCUAAAGUUUUAGAAUCUUCAGUAAAAGUUCCUAGUAAGUGCUCCUUCUAAAGAUGCACUUAGUGGGAAUUUUCAGUAUUUCUGGGGGGUUUUAAGAGCUAUCAUACCAUUAAUAAAGCCAAGCUCUGUCUCCAUGACCAUCCUCUCCUUUGGGAUGUUAUGAGAGAAAACAACCAAUAAGACUCCUUCAUUUUUGAAUUAUUCAUAAUUCAAUCCGUAAAAUUUGAAUACGCAAGCCCAAAGCUGGGGUUUUCAUGCAUUUCUAAAAUUUGAGCCACCAGCAGGAUUCAAACCAGCCAGACCAGUGCUUUAGAGUAAGAAAUAAAUUAUCAAGCUUGUUGUUCACCUUUGUCGAUUCUUUAGCAGUUUCAGGAGUACUAAUAUAUAGCCAGCUGAAAGAGGUAAUUUUGUUUGGAAAAUUAUUUGAAGACCUCUUUAAGCACUAAAGUCUUGCUCCAGAGCUGGCACAUGGCCCUAGUUGCUCUCAUGAACCGUGUGGUUAGAUUUAAGAGAGUUGCUUUCUCAGAAUUUUUGUACUUAGUCUUUCCUUUCCGAAAAAUUUCCUAGUUAUGUAAACUUUAUAACUUUAGUAAGAAUACUUUCCGAAAAAUCAGGGUUUUAAAACCACCUGGUUUAGUUUAUAGAAGAGGGUUUUAGUGCUAAAACUUCAGCAUUGAUUAAGAUAUAACUAAAGACUGGUUCCGUUAGAAACACCAUUGAAAUAAACCAGCAAUAUGACCUAUUUCAUGAAUUUUCAUAAUUUUUGGAAGAAAUAUGUUAAUUUUAGAAACAUUCAAAAUUCUUCUCUCAUGAAUUCUUACUUCCAAAAAUCUCUAACCAGUCCAAAAUUUUCAAUCAAAGAGGAUUUUAUUGGUAUUAUUAUGAUAAUUUCUUCUUUGCCAGAAGCCCUAAAGAGCGUAAAUACAAAAUAAGUUGCCUUUCUCACAGUAUAAUGAGCACUCGUCUGGAUCUGAAUUGGAUUAGAUUAACAAAUGUCAGACUCUCUAAGAAAUCUUCUUAAGAGAAUAUCAGCCUAUUCUGAGGCAAGGUUGCAGUUAUAAAUCAUAUCUCUCUAUGAACGUAUUUGCAAUCAUCUUUCAAAAAUAUAAACUUAUCUUAGUUUAUAUAAGUUUAGCCUUAUUUUAUAUGCUCAGGAACUCUCUCCUUUCUGUGUAGCUAACACUAAGAAAUAGUAUCGAAUCCCAAGUAAAACUUCACUUUUGUAUCCUCAUAAAGAGAGCUAUUUUACGCCUUUUUAGGGCUCCUCAUUGCUCACUGAACAUCUGAAAUUCAGAUAUAUCCUGAGCAAGUUGAGAAAUAAGGAUACCUCAUCCAACCGAUUCAUUUCUAAACUUAAUGUCAGAGAAGAAUUAUUCUAGUUUUAGAAAGUUCAUCCGUUCUGAUGAAACCUCGAGUAAAGUACUGACUAACGCAUCAAUUCAAAUAGGCCGAGACUUACUAGCUAAGGUUUCUCUGCUUAGUAAAUAUUUUAUUGGAUAAUAGUUUUGAAUCAGAUGAAUUCUUCAUCAUUAGAAACCUUACUAAUAAUAAAUUUUUGUGAAGCCUAGACCUUAUAAUCGAGCUGAAGCCUUAUUAAAAUAGACUAUUUGUUCUUAAAAGCACUCGUAUCAUAAAUAAAUCAGUAUAUAAGUCAGGAAAAAUACUGAAAUUCCCGAGUAGUAAGAAGGGUUCACCGCCCAAGCUGACAAAAUCGAGACUAUCUCUACUCAUCAGAACCGAAUAUUUCAAGCUUAAUUCUCCUGAAGAUUCCCAGAAGAUCCUAAAAGAGCUGUUGUGGGGUUUGAGCCUUCCAAUGAGGGUUUUUAUCGCUUGGUUCGCUAAAAGUUUUAUUUUUCCCCUGAAUGUGAAAUUUUGCUCAUUAAAAUCCCAAAUUAAAGCGAUUCUUCCAAUUAGUGAACUCAUUAACAACAAAUCCUGCUGAGGAGGGAGUGACUCUGUUGCAUCAUUGUUUAGUUCUCAGUACUUGCUAACUUCUUAUUUUGUUUUUAGAGGAUUUUGCCGGGCAUAAAAAUUUAACGGAAAAUUGGUCAUGAAAAUCUUCAUAAAUGCUCAAGUUGAUUUCUCAUAAAAGUGACUAUGAAACUCUAGCUGAUCAGGUUAAACUUUUGGUGCUUUAUUGAACACUUUUAUGAAGAGACUUGAGCCUCUAUGGGCUCUCAUCGUGCAUUUUCAGGUUCAGUAGGUCAGGUUCCUAGCUUCAAAUCUAUAUUUAUUUGAAAAUAUUCGAAACUUAUGAAAUAUUCUGAAACUUAUUGACUUAAUCCAAACUUAGAUUGGUAUGAAAUAAGCUAAUUUCUGAUUUACAAGGAUUUUCGUGUUGGAAACUUCUAUCUUCUCUUAUUUUAAGCAAUAAAUUUCGAGAAAUCCUAUAAUUUUCGAAAUUUUCCAAAAAACAUAACUCCUCUAUCAUUCUCUCCAUUAAAACCCCUUCAAAAUCCUCUCUCUUCUUAAACCUCACCACCCCAAAACGCCCUUCACCUCAACCCCCUACCUCUACCCUUCACCUCCACCUACAACC